AUGGCGAGGGAGAAGAUUCAGAUCAAGAAGAUCGACAACGCCACGGCGAGGCAGGUGACCUUUUCCAAGCGGAGGAGAGGGCUUUUCAAGAAGGCUCAGGAGCUCUCCGUUCUCUGUGAUGCAGAUAUUGCUCUUAUCAUCUUUUCUUCCACUGGAAAACUCUUUGAAUACGCCAGCUCCAGCACGAAGGAAAUUCUAGAACGUCACAACUUGCACGCAAAGAAUCUCUCGAAAAUAGAACAACCAUCUCUUGAGUUACAGCUAGUGGAGAACAGCAACUACUCUGCGUUGAGCAAGGAAAUUACAGCACAAAGUCAACAACUUAGGCAGAUAAGGGGAGAAGAUAUCCAAGGAUUAAAUUUGGAAGAAUUGCAGCAACUGGAGAAGUCUCUUGAAGCUGGAUUGGGCCGCGUGAUAGAGAAAAAGGGUGAAAAGAUUAUGAAAGAGAUCAGCGAUCUCGAAAGCAAUGCGAUUCGAUUGGUUGAAGAGAAUGAACGGCUGAGACAGCAAGUGCUGGAGAAACAUAAUAGCCAGAGGCCGGUUCGGGCCGAUUCAGAAAACAUGGUUAUGGAGGAGGGUCAGUCAUCAGAGUCUGUCACCACCAACCUCUGCAACUCUAACAGCGCUCCUCAAGACUAUGAGAGCUCAGAUACAUCUCUCAAAUUGGGGUUACCUUACUCUGGUUAA